GCGAAGUCAUGAAUAGAGAAGAUCAAAGAAGGGCAGGUUAUGUGCAGAUUUAAGCCAACUUUUUGUUCUUUAUAAACCAUUCGUCAGUGCUUACGAUAUUCAACAACAUUAACUAACGACUUUACUGGAACUGUAGUAGCCGUGGCGCUCAAGUUAGGAGCAGAAACUGCAAACAUCGAAGAAUUUUCUCGAGCCUACGUAUACUGAGCUGUUGUAAACAUCACUCCAUCUUCACCAUUGUAGAAAGGAAAAGUGAGUUUUAUGCGAUGUAAUUCCUCACAGAACAGUUAAAUCCCGAAAGAUCUCUCGUAAUAGUGUAAAAAACUUCGUCUGAGGGUAAGUUGGCGCUAUAAAAAUCCAGAACAACCUUAAACAAAUUUGUCAAUGGCUGCAAUGGCGACUUCUCUUCCUCCAGCACCUCCAGCAAGCACCAGCCUUCCUCCUACUUUAACGAUGAACAGCUCGCACUCCAGUGAAGGAUCGAGCAUAACCAGCUUCGUCGUGGUAGAUGAAAGUUCCUUGGAUGAACAGUCGCAAAUUUCGAUCAAGAGCGAAGAUGCAAAGGAGGAUAUUAUCGCCAAAAGUGAAAAUUCCACCGAAGGCGGAAGUGCUACUGAUCAACAUGAACUUGUGGAGCGUGUUCAGAAUCUUGCCAAGGAAAAUGAAGAAUUAAAAGGUUUACUGCUUCGCAACAAUAAACUUCUGGAGGUGAGUUUAAUGUAAUUAAGGGGUAUUUGGUUAUCAAUAAUUAUUUUACGGCCUUAUUUUGAAUGGUACAACUUUUCUUAUUAACUUUCCUAAGGGGAAAGAAAGUCACUUGCCAAACAAGGCGCUUGGAAUGUCCACAUGAGCUAAACAAAACUUUAAAUACCAAUGAUUCUCGAACGCUGGGGUGCUCACUGCUCUAAGAUAGCUGCAAAGGCAAAUAAGUCCCUUGGUCAUAUUAUGAGAAGAUCACUGAAACCAUGCAGUGCAGAGGUUAAAGAGGGAGCUUAUAUGACGCUGGUGAGACCAACGCUUGAAUAAGCAUCCUCUUCGUGGAAUCCUUACACUGACUCUGACAUAAAGCGCCUUGAGCAAAUUCAGAAGAAUGCUGCUCGCUUUGUAUGCUACAACUAUAACAUUACAAAAAGUACUUCUAGCCUUGUUACGUCUUUAGGCUGGGAUACUCUCGAAUACAGGCAUUUGUUCAACCAAUCAGUGCUUUUUUAUAAAUUUCAUAAUAAUUUAGUAAAUUGUCAAACUCCUAGUGCAGUUAAAUCUAUCGACAAAAUCAGGUUUUCUCAUGGGAUCUCACCAACUUACCUAUUGCCAGUUACAGGCAAAUGUGUCAGUUUUCAAUUAUUCAUUUUUCCCAAGGGUUACUAGAGUCUGGAAUCUGCUCCCUUAUGGAGUUACGUCAGCUUCUACAUUAAGCUGUUUUAGGCGGUCUGCUUUGCCUGCCAUUAGAUCACUUAAGGUUCCUUCACAUCUGCACAGGCUGUAACAGUAGCCUGAGAAUACAGCCGACCUUUGGCGACGCUACCACUGGUUUUGGCUGUUUUCUCAGGCUAGCUGUAACCGCUGACCGGUGCCCUCCCAUUCUUAGAGAAUCUCUAUCUUUUUUGGGAGUAUUUAUUCUAAGUUCUAAGUUCACACUUACAAUUCAGUCACACUACCAUCUCAAAUGAAUGAAGGUUUGCAGAAAUAUUAUUUCCUUUACAGGGAUAUUUCGAAGAUUUGGCUAAAAUGCAGAAGAAUCAAAAACACACAAAUGAUCAUCUGCGUAAAGGGUAUGACCAGGCUAAAGAGGUGGUGAAGAAACUCCGAGAGAAGAAUUCGUGUUUGAAAAAUGAACUAAAAAAUGAACAGAACAAGAAUUUACAACUGGAGGAACAGAUGGCAAAGUUAAAGGAUACAAAACUAAAUGAAUCUUUUGCUGAAUCUGACAAUGAAGUAUCCAAGCUGAGCCAUAAUGAUCAAGACGAGAAGCCCAAUCAAGUUCAGUCUCUUGAAGAGGAAAUCAAGAGGCUGGAAAGUGAAAAUGUGACUUUACAAACAAGCAACAGCAAACUACAAGAACACAUUGAAUGCCUGCGAGUCAUGCGAGAAUCUGAUACAGUAAGUACCGUGUAGUAUUAUAUAAACACUAGUGAAAUACCAGGUCAGCUUUCAUGUGAAAACGUGGUAUCUUCACACAUGAAAAUAACUUGUUAUCUUCACGUGUGAAAAGAUCACCUUUGCUAUGGCUACAUAAGAAAUUGCGCCCUUUCACAGCAAAAAGCUAUUAAAGUAAAAUGGUUUGGUAUUUCAUUGGUGUUUAUAUAAUAAAUUGAACAUUACAUGGAUGUCACUCGUGAAAUAUUAUUCACCACUUGGAGAGAAAUUUCAUAUCUCCGCGCAGCCAUGUGAUAUCCUCUAUGUAUGUAUUUAAAUGAUAAACAAAAGCUCCUAGCUAUGGAUGCAUUAUACGCAUUUGUAACGUGUAAUAAUAUUCUUUGACUCCCUAAGCUUAGUGUGUUUAUAAGACUGAUGUCUAAUAUAAGCAAUAAUGUCCAUCCAUAUCAACUAAUCAAUUUAAUUGGUUGAAUAAUAUAGUGGAAUUCAAUUAUUUUAUUGAUUACACACAUGAUAUAUUGCUUUCUAAUUCCAACUUGAUACAUCAUGAUUGUUAAUUGUUAUUGUUAUUAAUGUGAUUUUGUUACUAAACUGUAUUAAUACACACGCUAAAGAAAAGUAAUAGAAUUCUUUAUUUUAGCUGUUACAAGACAAUAGUUAUUAGCUUUCUGUCUAACACAGUUCGUUAAACCUUAUUAUUGACUAGAGUACAGUAUAGAACAGCCAAAAACAGUAUCUAAUGAUCUGCUGACUGUCUGAAUGGCCAGCUUAAUUUUGUUUAAAUGAAGUGUUUAUUUUCAGGUGUGGGUGACACGGUAGUACGUUAUUUGGUUCUUGCUGUUUUUUUAUCUUUUUUUCUCAUUUCCUUGUAGAGCAUUGAGGCUGAUGAAUUUGGUACUCUUGUUUCCGAGGACUCUCUACCAACCUCACCCUCAGAUCAGGUCAGUGUUGAGGUUAUACAAGAGAAAUACAGCAAACUAGAAACGGAAAAAGAAAUACUGGUGGUGGAUCUGGAGAAAAUAAAGAUUGAGAGUGAACAAAAACAGCAACAGUAUCAAAAGAUGGAGGACGAUUACAACAACCUUGUAAAGAAGCUUGCAGAUAUGGAACAAAUGCAGGCAUCAGAAGAGGCUGGUAAGGACUUGGAGCAAAUCACAGAGCUCUCGCAGCAGCUUGAAAUACAAACUGGAGUUUUGACGAGACUGAAGGAGGAACUUGAGUCUGAGAAACUUGAGAAUGAGAGAUACAAACGAAAGAUUGGAGAACUUGAGCAAACAAAGGUAGGGAUAACUGCUGACUUCAACUGCUUAUAAGUCCUUUUUAAUGAGGAAAUUUUGACAUGGAAAAUCCUCAAAUUACCAUGCCCUCUACAAAGUGCAUUAUUUUCUUAUGUACAUGUUAAAGUUUUCUUAAUAUUUACCAAAAAAAUAAAUUAAAGCCACGAGAAUACAACCCUCCCUCUUUGUUCCAGGCUGGACGCUAGAUGCAACGUCCUGUUGUUUGACAUGUAACGUCCGGUGGUUCUCACAUGAACCUCAUUAUUUUUUUUUUUUUCAUUUAUUAAUCAAAGAUAGAUUUGCCCUUACUUUACUCACUUAUAGUAAUAAUAAAAUAAAAAAAGAGAUAAUUCUUGUCUUAUUAUUGCUGCGGAGCGACCGAAGGGAGCGAGCAGCAACAUAAUCAGGAUUUAAAGGAAAUAUAUAAGGGGUGACGAAUUCUCGAAUUCAUCACUUUUUACCACAAUGCAUUGCAUUUAACCAGAGUGCAUUGCGCCACAAACAACUCAAAAAAAAAACAUGGAGAAGUUCGUUGGGUGAGAGAGUGCAUCGUUCGCUGCUCAGACUUAGAGUUUUCUUUGUGGCAAAUUUUCUACAGCACGGUUAGAGGUCUAACCAAAUUUUAAGGCACGCAGGAGUCUUUCAGAUGAGUACGAUGGUUAACUUGGGGAUUGGAUUUUAAUUCAAGAGCCUUUGACUCGUCCAGGUGUUAAACCUGACGAGAAGAUGAGCAUUUGCUCUUCGACUCCGCAAAACGGGGGAUAUACAAAUUCCAGUUUGCUAGAAGGUGAUGUGAAAGUGAGAAAAUGUCAUGCAGUGCUAUUCUUAAGAAACUGUAUGAGCCGAAAAUGGAUGUGAUUUUGACCAUUCGCUUCAAAAUAACAGCGGAAAUCGAGAUAACAAAACAUAUGUUUUGUGUCCUACUUUGCAGACGAGGGCGUGUAUCGGCGUUUUGAAAAGCAUAAUUAUGUUCUUUCAUUCAUUCAUUGCCAUGGAAUAUGCGUGUACAUUGUUUUUUCACUGUUAAUAGCUCGGUUAAUGCGGCUGGCGAUCAUCGUGCCGGCGGAAGUUUCAUGGAAAAGGAAUAAAGUGAAAGACUUUUCCCCUGAAUUACGUAAUCAGCCUCUGUGGUGUAGUGGUUAGGUGUAGUCGCGUCGGGCCGAAGGUGCAGGGUUCGAAUCCUACCGAAUUCUUCUUUCCUUUUUUCUUUUUUUUCCCGUUUUUUGUGUCGUUGUUUUCUAUAAAUAUAUAGCUAAAUAACUGUUUCUUAAUAAAGUGCAACAAACAGCAAGAAAAGUAUGUUUUUCGGGAGAAAAUAUUGUGCACCGUAUAUUAAAUAUAUGGAUAAACAAUCUGAAUUUCUAUUAUUUCCUACAAUUUACUGUAGGAAAACCAGAGUUAUGACCACUUGAUCAUUUUCUAAACAACGUUCCCACGAGUUCUUUCUAUAGACUGAUAGUAAUUAUUCUAGUACUUUCCAACAUGUAAAUAGGACAUUCAAUGUCAUUUUCGAUUCUUUUAAUUCUCACUGGCUAACUAAUGCCAGUAUCAACAGAAUGUGCCGCAGCAUUACUAUCUUUUAGAUACCCUAGUAAUAAAUCAUUAUUUAUCUUUACCCAUCCCUUGAGCAAUAUUGCUCAUGGUAAUCCACAAGUAUCGGUUGACCAAGUCUGCAAUUUAAUUUACAAAUUUAUAUUAUGAUCACUUUACUAUUUUACCAAAUUCUGUAUGAAGAGCAAAUGUUCACAUACAUGUAACACUGUCUUUGGACACAGGAAAGCUCCAACACAGAGCAAGCAGUGAAGGCAGCUGAACAGACGGCACAACCAUCUCAUGAGGGUAACGAGGGUGCUGAGCUAAAGGAACAACUGAUCAACAUGACACAUGAGCGAGAUACUUACAAAAAGAAGCUUGAAGAAUUUCAGACGCACCUUGAGGAAGCCAAGGUUUGUAUUAAUUUCUUAGUAAUUUAAAGCACGUUAAUUGAAUUUUUUUUAUGUUGUGAGCAAACUUGAUUGGGGUGGAGUUUCUGCAUAAAAGAUAUAAGGCAGUCACUUGAUGCCCUAAAACAUCCUUUAUCUCUAUACAGGCAUGUGCAGAAGAAGCAUUUGGAGUUGUAGAAGACACAGAAAUUAGGGAAAAGUAUGCUAAACUAAGUCAUCAGCUAAACAUGUACCAAAACCAGGAGAAAGAAAUUCAGGCCAGGGAAAAAGCCAUUCUAGAGAAGGAGGAGAUGUACAGGCAGGUGGGUAUAAAUAGAAUUUUAUAUUUUUAUCAGCUUGUUUGUCAAAGGAUUAGAGUAAUUUAGGCCCCUUGUAGGUGCAGGAAUUUGUAUGACCCUUAUCAUGUCAAAAUUAUGAAUUAUGUUGUAAAUGGAGAGGGAAUUAAAAGGUAAUGGUAGGACUGCCAAUUUUUAGCUUUUAAACUUGACUGUAAACACCAACAGUGAAGGUACAGUUAUUUUGUAUUGCCUUGGAAAACAUUGCUGUACAGCACUCCUUAGAGUCCAGCAAUUAAUUUAUUCCAACUUUCCAACUCACCAAGUCUUCAUCUUAUGUGUUAGUCACCUCGAAAAUGGCAUUUUGACCAACUUUCUAAAGCCAAUCUCCUUCCCAUCCCUGAUAAUCUUUCAGUUUUAUCCCAUUAAAAAAGCAGUCACUGAAAGGUACAUGUAGGUGGGAGAGUGGUUUUUCUUUUUUAAUGUAAAGCAUAGUAACCAGAUACAACGUGCAUCUCCUGACAACAAAAUUGUCCAUACAUGUAGUCCUUCCAUUCCCUCAAUGGCUGGUUUUUAGUAUUUUUCUAAUUCUGAAGGGAGAAAUGAUCUCCAAUUUAAAGGAAGUACUCUACUUGUAUAAAGACAGGGAGAAGGCAGGGUGGGCCGCUUGAGGAAAACAAGAAAAUUUUCAUUAGGGAUAAUUAAUUGACGUUGUAAGGAUUUGAAACGGUACAGUACUUCAUACUCUGACUGAGUACUCAGUCUUUAUCUUUCAUGAGUUUAGUGGUGUUUAAAGUCUCUUGUAUCUUACAGGAAAAUGCCCUCUUCAAGAGUUAUCACGAAAAAGAUAAAGCAGAACUGGAAGAAGCAGUCAAUAAGAUGGCUGCUUCUCAGGAGGCAUUUGAAAAGAAAACUAGUGAGCUGAGAGCACAGCAAAGAGACAAUGAGGAAUUGAAAAAGCAGCUUGAAAAAUUAGCACAAGAGAGGGAUUUGUUUAAAAUGAAGGCUGAAGAAUCUCAGGUUAAGACAGUAGAGGAAGGAAAGGUACCGACUAAAAAAGUUAAUAUGAAUAGAACUUUAAAUAAUUGAAAAUUUAAAGUUUAAAGAACUUUAAACUUGAAAUUAAAGUCAAAACUGUAAUAGAUUUUUAGAUUGCAAAGCUAUGCAUGUCAUGUGUGCAAAAGGAGGAAUCUUUGCAAGCGAAGAUUCUCAUUUUUCUUUUGUCUCCUAUUCUUACAAGGCAGUAAAUUUAUUAUUGUUAUUAAUUAUUAUUUAAUAUUUAUGAAAUAUUUAUUUCAAUAUUGCAUAUUGUACCAUGUGACUAAAAAAUGACUUAGUCUGUUUUGUGAUUAUUUUGCUUUAGUUUUGCUUCUGUCUUAUUUUAUUUAUACUUAAUUUUUUUUUCUUCUCUGUUAGCAAACUUGUGCAGAUGGAGAUCUUGGAGCAAAGGGAGGUGAUGAUUUGAAACAAAAGUUUAAGAGAGUUAAGAGUCAACUCUGGAACUACCAAAAGCGUGAUGGUGAUAUUCUUAACAGGGAAAAUGCUGUUCUGGAGAAGGAGGAGGCUUAUAAAAAGGUUUGCUUCAAAUAAUUUUAUAUAUGUCAUUUUGCAAAGAAUGAAACACUAACUUGAACAAAUGUGUAAGUAAUUUGAUUUGAACUGGCUGUUGUUAAAGCCCUGUUACCUGUGGUGUAUCUUUUGUAAGCUGCUCUAAUGAAACCCUUUAUGAAAAACAUUAAUACACAUUUUCUUCAGUUAGUUAUAAUGUUACACGUGUACCCAAAUGCAGCAUUUCAUUUAUAAGCAUAAUUUCGUUUAUGAAGGCUUUUGCCAUAUUCAUCGUCAAGCUUAACCUGUAUGUUAUAAUCUGUAAUAUGUAAAGAACUGUGUUAAUUCAUACUAUAGGAAUGCUGUUUAAUUCUGUACAGUUUAAUACCAUGUAUGAACACUGUUUGAUACUGAGGUUUUUGGGCAUGUGUGAUUAAAAAUAAGCGACUCAAAUGCAAAUUUUUCUCAAAAGACUUUUGUUUAUGAUUGUAGGAGUGCAGGGCUAAGGGUUCGCAAAGAAUCCAUGUUUUAUAGUACAAUUUAUCAAGGUCAAAAUGAUUUUUGUUGAUUAUUGACAACUGAAAGACUUUCUAUUUCUACAGCUUCUUAAAGACAAAGAACAACUGCAAAAGCAACUGGCAGAUGCUGUAGUGAAAACAGAAGCACUUGAGCAAGAGAAACAGAAACAGGAAGAAGAUGCACAGUUAUUGAACAGACAGCUGAGUGAGACGCAUGAAAAUGAAAUGAUUCUGUUGAAGGAGGAAUUACAAAGUAAAAACACAGAAGUGGUAACAGCCAAGACCUGUGAAGACCAACUCAAUGCUACGAUUGCUCAACUUGUUGAAGAAAAGCAGAACCUUGCUACAGAAUGUGAGAUGCAAAAGACAGAACUCGCCAAACGGUGAGUCUUGGACAUGAACGUACAUGCAACAGAUAAUUGGGGCUUAAAUUGUUUUCUAUUAGCCACAAUGGAGGUCAAAAGCAUUGGGACCUUUUCCAGUGGUAUUAGUAAAACUAGUGACCGCUCCCCUUCCACCCCAAACAAAGUUGAAUUUUGAGUACCAUGGGUAGAAAUGGGUUCUUUUUUGGCCACAACAUUGCUGGGGGGGGGGGGACGAUGGGAUGCCAGGAACCUGUUUACAGGAGGAAUGAUUAGCACGGUUGGUUGGUGAGCGGCCUUCCGUGUGGGAGGUCUCGAGUUCGACUCCCAGGUGUGACUUUCUUUUCGACUUCUUUUCUUUCCGUGUAACUUUAUUUAGUUCUAAAUUCCCGUAAAACGAAGCACUGAUGGAGGGGGGGGGGGGGGUAAAAAGAGCUCCACCAUCAGCCUCAGGUUUGUUAGUUAGGUCUUUGUUUUGAGCAACUGACAUAAAAUAAGGUCUCUUUCCCUUUAUCUUUACUUUAAGGCCAAUUACAUUUGAGAGAGGCUGCAAUUAUACCAACAUCUUCAAAUUAAGGCUGCUUCAGUUUACCCAUUUGCCAUAACUAUACAUGUAACAAAUUGACCACUGACUUACUAGUCGGCCUAAACAGGUUUUAAUUUUUCACUGUUCCAGAGAGCAAGAGACAGAAUCUUUAACGAAAGAGCUUAGUGAAACUCACGAGCAAGAGGUUCUUGUGUUGAAGGAAGAGAUAAAUUCUAAAAACGAAGCAAUCUCAUUAGCUCAAACUAGUGAGGAACAUCUGAAGGCUCAAGUCACUCAGCUUAUUCAGGAAAAUGAAGCUCUUAAGAUGGACUUGGAGCAACAGUAAGUUGAUCAAUUCAGCUCCUUUUUAUCUAAGUAGUAUACAAUAGGUGCUAAUAUGUCUACACUACACAUUUGUCGUUUUCCGCCGGCUGAGGAACGAAACAAGCGGAAAAGUUUUUCUCACACACGGCUGGGAGUAUGGGUUCGAGUGUGCGGGGGGUCUUCAGGUCACAUGGCGUUUCAGAGUUCAGUUGUUUUUGUCGCCUUCCACCACUGCCUGACCUUCCCCACCCACCCACUCUCCAUGUGUUUUUUGGGUGGUCGUAGGAUUUCAAGUAGUGCCUUAGUUCGGGUUAUUCUUGUAUGUUAAUCUUGAAUCUAGGCUCAGUAUCAACCGUUUUGUUAGCUGUCUUUUGGUGCUCUAACGCUAAUGAUUGUUAGUGUUGAUAAAAAGGUCAGGCUGCAUGGUCGGCUUGGCAUGGCACCUAGUUGAGUGUGAGAAGUAUAUCUCUCUCCUCCGCAGAGGCUCCCGCUAGGUAUCCCAAUAAAAUAGUAAUAAUCGGAAAAUAGCAAGCGCGCGUUGGACGCAUGUAUAUUAUAUCAAAUAGCUUUUCAUGUUGACGCGAAAAGCUAACCGGUAAAGUAUGAACAACGGUUUAUGGUCAAGUCGCCCGGAAGUCAUCUUGAACGAGGUUAUGUCGCCCGGUGCCAGAGUUAGUCGCCCGAAAGAGUUGUCUCACCCGAAAGUUCUUCCUCUCAACGACGUCAUAGCAUCCCUAUUACACAUUUAUCGGGCUUGUUUCGUUUCAUUAGUCUGGAAUGUCCUGAAUGUCAUCCGAAGGGGUUACGAGACGGAUGAAAUUUCAGAAUAAUUAUAGUCUGAUUAAAGCAUUAAAAGUUGAAAAGAACGAGAUGUAUUACGCAUUUUUUCGCGCUUGUUUCGUUUCAUCAAUGCUUUAUAAGCGAGGUAUAUUACACAUAUAUCCCGUGUUUCGUCUCAUCUUCGUUUAAAGAACGAGAUAUAUUACGCGUUUUUUCGCGUUGUUUCGUUUCAUCAAUGCUUUAUGAACGCGGUAUAUCACACAUAUCUCGUGUUUCGUCUCAUCUUCGUUUAAAGAACGAGAUGUAUUACGCGUUUUUUCGCGUUGUUUCGUUUCAUCAAUGCUUUAUGAACAAGGUAUAUUACACAUAUAUCACGUGUUUCGUCUCAUCUUCGUUUAAAGAACGAGAUGUAUUACGCGUUUUUUCGCGUUGUUUCGUUUCAUCAAUGCUUUAUAAACGAGGUAUAUUACACAUACAUCCCGUGUUUCGUCUCAUCUUCGUUUAAAGAACGAGAUGUAUUACGCGUUUUUUCGCGUUGUUUCGUUUCAUCAAUGCUUUAUAAACGAGGUAUAUUACACAUAUAUCCCGUGUUUCGUCUCAUCUUCGUUUAAAGAACGAGAUAUAUUAGAAGUUUAUCCCGCUUGUUUCGUCUCAUUUUCGCUUAAAGAACAAACAUAUUGCAUUCACCCUUUAUUAGAGUUUCGGGCGACUUAACUUCUUUUAUUCUCUUUAGGGAAAAUAUGUAUCAAGACCAUCUUCAUAAAAUAACACAAGAUAGUGAAAACCAGAGACAGAGGAGAGAUGAAAUCAUCAAAAGCCUUCAAACGAAACUGUCAAAUAGUGAAGGGGAAUUACAGAAAACACGUGCAAAGCACGGAGCAGAUGAGUAUGUACUAGGUUCCCUGUGUAAUAAUACAGUUAAAUUUUCACUUGGGUGGCCUGUGUAUUACAGUUCUCUUGUAAAGCCGUAGUCGAUGUUGGAAACUUGUUUACAGACAGUAUUUGAUUUCUUAUUAACCUUGACGGACCUCCUAGGGAACAGGUUGAUGUUGCAGGGAAUUUCAUAAUUCAUUUAGUAAUAGCAUUUAAAAGUGAAGAAGAGUUAGUUUAUAUCACAGUGGUUAUCGCUUUUGACGAAGGAGUACGCAUACUGAUCUUCGCUCUGUCGUUUGAUCUUAGAAGGAGAAGAAUUUGAGAUGUUUUAGGGGACUGCUAUCAACCCCCUUCCUUGUGCGUCUUUCGUAUAAUUUUUUCAGUUCUUUUUGCAGCUACCAGGCACAGAUUGCCUAAAAUAAAAGAAACAACAACAACAAAAACCGAUACAACUCCCAACAAGAUGAUUGUUUGGUUCUUUCGUGUCAAAUGUCUUAGUGUGUCUCAGUCAUUAGUUGACGAACUUAGCCCUCGGCCGGAAAACUGAUAACCACAGCUCACCGGUCUUGCGAGUCUUCAGGACGUGCCUCCUUAAUCCCUGCCAUUACAUGCAUUAUCAGUAUUAUAAACUAAUUUGACAUUACACUUUCGUAGGAAAGAAUUUCUAAAACUUCAACAUGAGCAUCGGCGCGUUGUGGCAGAGUACCAGGAACUUUUAGAUAACUACCAUGCAACUCUGGACAAUAACAAGGUAGGUCUACACUGAGCCCCCCUCUCCCACCACACCACACCCCCUGAACCCUCUCCCCCCCGGCUGUGGCAGAGUACCAGGAACUGCUGGAUAACUACCAUGCACAACUCUGGACAAUAACUAGGUGGGUCUGCACUGAGCCCCCCCCCACCACACCACACCCCCUGAACCCUCUCCCCCCGGCUGUGGCAGAGUACCAGGAACUGCCGGAUAACUACCAUGCAACUCUGGACAAUAACAAGGUAGGUCUGCACUGAGCCCCCCUCCCCCACCACCACAGCCCCUCAACCCUCUCCCCCUUGCUCACGAACUAUGCUUAACAUCUAGGUUGGCGACCCCGUUUACACUGGUGCGGAGCAAUUUUUGAACGGACAAAAACUUGCACGGACCCGCCUUCCGUUUACACGGGACCCGCUGAAACGUGCAAGUUUUUGAACGGCAAAAUGUGCAAGUCUUGGACCUGAUCAGAAAAAGGUCAAAAUUUUUUACCGGUAUGGUUCCCUUGAUUAAAAAAACCAUUCCAAUGCUGACACUGGCAAAUUUUUUUUGUUACGGAGUCGUGUCCAUAGCCCCAAAAGUUAGUCCCAAUUAGGGUUAGCCUCCCAGCGAAAUCAACUUAAGCGAUCUUUUAUACAGCGCUCGCUCAUGCUCAUUGUGUAAAAUCGAACUGGCGCAUGCUCUGAUUGUCUCGCCGUGACCUAGUUGACCCGGCUGGGCGAUCCAAAGUGUACAUUUCCCACGCGACACGAGCAAUUAGAAGCACUACCCAAAUCUGGGGAGUGAAUUUCUGCAAUUGUUUCUCAGACGUCAUCUCGUGGGGAGAGCAGUGGUGGCAUCGCGAGAUGUCGGUUGUUUUUCCAGUUUUCUAGUUCAGAAAAGAAAUAACUGUAUUUUUCAGGAACAAGAGAGAGCGGCUCAAACGCAAAUCGAUAACCUAACUGGUCAGUUGAGAGAGGAAGAUGAUCAUGUACAGAAGUUAAAAGAAGACAUUCACAUAAAGGAGGAAGAGCUUAGUGAUUUGAGAGAAAGGAGUUUUCACCUGCAUAAACUACAGGAACAGUUUCCUAUUCUUGAACAUCAGGUAAGUCAAUGAAAAACUAAGGAUGUCUUUAGUAUAAAUGUUUAUAUUAGGUUACUUUUUGUAAUGAACUGAAGUGCGCUUUACAAAGCUUGAAAACAAAAUUCAUCUUAAAAAUUAUAAAUUUUACAGACUAUGUAUACAAUAU